AUGGACACAGAUUUAAGACAAUAUCUACAAUGUCAUCAACAACUUACAUGGAAAGAAAAAAUGAAGAUUAAUGUUAAUAUCAUUGAUGCACUUAACAAAGUUCAUCGGGAAGAUGCGAUUCAUAGGGAUUUGCAUUCUGGAAACAUAUUAUAUUUACAAAGUCUUGAUACAUGGUAUAUUAGUGAUCUUGGAUUUUCUGGUCCUGCUGAUAAGCCAUUAAAAUGCAUCUAUGGGAACCUUCCUUAUGUAGCUCCUGAAGUUAUUGCUGGAAAAGGAUAUACUAAAGCAUCUGAUGUUUAUAGUCUUGCAAUGCUUAUGUGGGAAAUUUCCUUUGAGAAAUCACCAUUUAAUGAAUAUGAAAAUGAUUAUGACCUCGCAAUUAAGAUAGUAAAUGGAAUGAGACCAAAAAUAACGUCGGGUAUUCCUUUAGAAUAUAAAAACUUGAUGGAACAAUGUUGGAAUGCUGAUCCAUCACAAAGACCCGAUAUUUACGCAAUUAAACUUAAAAUAUUUGAAAUGAAUAAAUUAUAUUAUGAAUCAGAUGAAAAAAAAAAAAUAAAUUAUGACGUUAAUUGGCCCGCUGGAAUUUCUGGAAAACAUCUGAAAAAGCCGAUAGUUUGGUUUCCUGUUACCGGCAAAUUUUCCGGAUGUGCUGUUGAAGUAUUUGACACUACAGUACAUAUUAGGUGA